CUUGCGCACGAACUCAUUACAGACCUAUAGUCAUUAAUUCAAUCCUUAAUGAUAGCAAUCCCGGACUGCACUGUAUUGGUAAAAGAGUUAUAAAAGUCAACUUCCUUUUCCCUAGGGAGACUGUCAUUUACUAUUGGCAGAUAGGGUGUCUAUGGGCGGAGGAGGGGGGGAGACAGUGGUACUAAAAGGCAAGGAACUCGUGAAGUGAGGAGGGAACACGACUUCACUCUGUUACUUAGGACAGACUUGAGAAGGGUGAUCAUAUCAAGAGUUUCCAUAAAAUUCUACAUUUCACUAAGGAUUUUUCUUGGCUUGAGAUAGGCCAUCACUGCUUUCAUCAAAAACAAAAAUCACCUGUUUUUGUCUUCUCUGCACUUGCGAUGUCCUCCAAAGCUAAACAUCUUAAUUGGUCGGAGGAGAACAUUCGAGGUCGACUGGCUGAAGAACUUUCUGAUCCGUCCAGACUUACACGCAGUGACUCUAGAAGCUGGCUGACACCGACCACUCCUCUGCACACCUACACAUCUACUGCGGGAGUGGGAUCAGGCCAGUAUGGACACACAACUGUCGAUGUCUCUUUGGAAAACGCCAUGUCUGGGAAUGAAAUGAGUGAUAAUCCUUUUGGCAUCGCUACGGACCUAUCUGACAGGGGGGACACUACCAAGCAGCCUAGCGGGCCACAGAAGCACAGGCGCAACGCGGCCAAUGCCAGGGAGCGCCGGAGGAUGCACGGGCUGAAUCAUGCUUUUGACAAACUUAGGAGUGUCAUACCGUCAAACGAGAAGAAGUUAUCCAAAUACGACACACUCCAGAUGGCGCAGAUUUACAUCAAUGAACUGUCCGAGAUACUAGAUGGUGUCGUGAAGUCAGAGUGUCGAGGACCAAGAGCUACCUGUAUGCCUCAAGACAGCCUGAUACGGGAGACCUCGAUUCAGGCAUUCUCACCUGACAGCAUGGUACGAACCAGCCUCGUUUACGCAAUGGAGCCCUCCCAGCCUCCCAUGCGUCUGAUGGGAGAUGUCUGUGACGCCGAAGACACCGUUGGGCAUUUGCUCAUAUUGUCAACUUCCAAAUCAGAUUUUUCAAAGGACAAGAACGAGUGUAGAGGGUCCAACGGCAGCGAUGGUGAAUCUUCGCACUUAAGUGAUGCAGAGGACGGGCACGCCACGACACACUGACACAUAUUUCCAGUGACUGUUUCAAUGCAAGUGUGCACACACAAGGAAAAUAGAACAAAAACUUUAAAACGAAACUGUCUGUGUUUUAGUAGACAAAAUAAACCAAAUAGAUACUGUAGAGAUCUGUAAGGCUAGUUAACAUUAUUUCUUAAAUCUACUGUCUGACAUAAGAUGCAGUGCAAAACUCCAAAUCCUUUGGAUUAUCUGGAUAUCCUGAUUUUGUAUGAACACCUUUUUGUAUAACCAGACCCUUUAGUUGCACUUUAUUGACUCAACACAGUCCACACCUUAUGAUAGCCUUUUUUUGCCCCAGCCGUUUUGCUUGUUGUCAUGAACUGUUUGAAAAUGAGCUAUUUAUGUAUUUUAUUGCAUUGAGUGUCUUUAUGUUCAGUCAAAUACUUGUGAAAUAAAGUAAAUCUCAUUUUGUA